GUGUGUGUUUCUCUCUCUCUCUCUCUCUGUCUCUCUCUCUACCAGGGGAUGCCGGAGUCUAACCGCAGCUCUCCUCUCAUUCAUGCUGAGCGCUGCUCUCCUGUGCGCACGGAACUGCAGAGCUGAGCUUUGGAACCGGUGCUGGUGCUGCUGUCUGACAAGCCCGCCGGGAAUUGGAAAUGUCUUCUGCUGCAACUCUUACAUCCAAAUAACAUGCCAAACAGGACGAACGCAAAGGACGGUGUUAUCAGGCUGGCAGCAGACAAGGCUGAGGAUCAGGGGAUGAGGUUAUAAAAACAACAGCGGAGAAAGGAGGAAAAAAAAGGAAGAGGAAGUCGAUUUCUUGGAAACUCUUCUUUUGUAUCACCGUACCCUGCAGUCCUAUAAGGCGCUGACUGACCCUGCAGAGGAUUACACAGUCAAAAAUACACACCAACACCCACGCGUUCACUCCUCCCCUCCCCUCACUGCCAUGUCCUCCCACCUCAACCCACCCCUUCUCAUCCUCCCCAUCUUCUUUCUGCUCCUCUCCCUCUCCAUGCCCUCCUGCUCCACUCCUUCCUCCUCCCCCUCCUCCCUCCUCUCCUUCUCCCCACCCGAAGGAGGUCUCACACAUUUGGUGGUCCACAACAAAACUGGUGAGGUCUACCUGGGUGCUGUCAACUGGAUCUACAAGCUGUCCAGCAACCUCACCAAGCUGCGAAGUCAUGUUACCGGCCCUGUGACGGACAACCCUCGCUGUUACCCUCCACCUGGCGUCCAGUCCUGUCCCCAUGAGCUGGUGCAGACCUCUAAUGUCAAUAAACUCCUGCUACUUGAUGCUGCCCACAACCGCUUAAUUGCCUGUGGGAGCACUUCCCAGGGAAUAUGCCAGUUCCUGCGUCUGGAUGAUUUGUUCAAGCUCGGUGAGCCCCACCAUCGUAAAGAGCAUUAUCUAUCCAGUGUUGCUGAAGCGGGCACCAUGUCCGGUGUUGUGAUCUCCCCGGAUCUUUUUGGUGAAGGUGGAAAACUUUUUGUUGGCACUCCCAUCGACGGGAAAUCUGAAUACUUCCCAACGCUGUCCAGCCGCAAGUUAAUGUCUAAUGAGGAAAAUGCAGACAUGUUCAGCUUUGUCUACCAGGACGAGUUUGUUUCCUCGCAGCUCAAGAUUCCCUCAGACACGCUCUCCAAGUUUCCAGCAUUUGACAUCUACUACAUCUACGGCUUCAACAGUGAGCAGUUUGUGUAUUAUCUCACCUUGCAGCUUGACACCCAGCUCACCUCACCAGAUGCAAGCAGCGAACAGUUCUUCACCUCUAAAAUCGUUCGCCUGUGUGUUGACGAUCCCAAGUUCUAUUCUUAUGUUGAGUUCCCCAUCGGCUGCACCAAGGACGGAGUGGAAUACCGCUUGGUUCAGGAUGCUUAUUUAGCCCGGCCGGGGACCCGUUUGGCACGUUCGCUUGGUAUUCAAGAGCAUGAGGAGGUUCUGUUUACUGUAUUCGCCCAGGGUCAGAAGAACAGAGCCAAGCCGCCCAAGGAGUCAGCUCUGUGUCUGUUCACAAUGAGGCGGAUAAAGGAGAAGAUUAAAGACAGGAUUCAGUCGUGUUACAGAGGAGAGGGGAAACUCUCCCUGCCCUGGCUGCUCAACAAGGAGCUGGCCUGCAUCAACUCGCCAUUGCAGAUAGACGAUAACUUCUGCGGUCAGGACUUCAACCAGCCUCUAGGGGGCACCACCGCCAUCGAGGGCAUCCCGCUUUAUGUGGACAAGGAUGACGGCAUGACCUCUGUGGCUGCCUAUGACUACCGUGGACACACUGUGGCGUUCACUGGCACUCGUAGCGGACGCAUGAAGAAGAUCCUUGUGAACUACAUUACCCAGCCUGCCUUGCUGUAUGAGAAUGUAGUGGUGAGCGAUGGGAGCCCCAUCCUUAGAGAUCUUCUCUUCAGCCCGGAUCAUCAGUACUUAUAUGCCCUCACUGAUAAACAGGUUACACGUGUACCAGUGGAGAGCUGUGAACAGUAUGCCUCCUGUGGAGCCUGUUUGGGAUCAGGAGACCCUCACUGUGGCUGGUGUGUGCUGCAUAAUGUGUGUUCGAGGAAGGAUCGAUGUGAGCGAGCAGAGGAACCUCAGCGUUUCACCACCAGAGUGGAGCAGUGUGUCCGACUCUCUGUCCAACCUGACACCGUCUCUGUCACCAUGUCAGAAGUGCAGUUGGUACUUCAGACCCAGAAUGUGCCCAGUCUGUCCGCUGGAGUGAACUGCUCCUUUGAGGACUAUGUAGAGACGGAAGGACGCAUCUACGGUGGACGGAUCUUCUGCCUGUCCCCCUCUACGAAAGAAGUCGCCCCCAUCACACGAGACCAGGGUGACCAGCGUGUAAUAAAAUUGUAUCUGAAGUCAAAGGAGACGGGAAAGAAGUUUGCCAGCGUGGACUUUGUGUUCUACAACUGCAGUGUCCACCAAUCGUGCCUGUCCUGUGUUAAUGGAAACUUCCCCUGUUACUGGUGCAAAUAUCGUCACAUGUGCACGCAGGACGCCAGCGACUGCUCCUUCCAGGAGGGACGAGUCAACACCUCUGAGGAGUGUCCUCAGAUCUUGCCCUCCACCCAGAUCUAUAUCCCUGCUGGAGUUAUGAGGCCGAUCACGCUGCUGGCCCAGAACCUGCCCCAGCCUCAGUCUGGGCAGAGGAACUAUGAGUGUAUCUUCCAUAUCCAGGACAACACGCACAGUGUCCCAGCUCUGAGGUUCAACAGCACCAGCAUACAGUGUCAGAAGACCACGUAUGACUACGAGGGGAGUGACAUCAGUGACCUACCAGUCGACCUCUCCGUGGUGUGGAAUGGAAACUUUGUCAUUGACAACCCAUUCAACAUUCAAGCUCACCUGUACAAGUGCAGAGCAUUGCGGGACAGCUGUGGUAUGUGCCUGAAGGCUGACCCCAGGUUUGAAUGUGGUUGGUGCGUCCAGGACAAGAAGUGCUCCCUCAGGCAGGAGUGCACCGGUGGAGGAAAUUCCCACCUCCCACUGCAGCUGGCUGAAGGCGGAGGGUGGAUGCAUGCCACCUCUGGAAACAGCCGAUGCACCCACCCAAAGAUUACUAAGUUGUUCCCUGAGACGGGGCCUCGCCAAGGGGGUACCAGAGUGACCAUCCUGGGGGAGAACCUGGGUCUGCAGUUCAGAGACAUCCAGAUGGGUGUCAGGUUGGGCAAGGUGCCCUGUGUUCCUAUUGAGGAGGAGUAUGUGAGUGCAGAGAGAAUAGUGUGUCUGCUGAACGAUGCUACGGGCUACAGGGUCCAAGAAGCUCAGGUGGAGGUUUGUGUGAGAGACUGCGUCAACGACUACAGAGCCCUGUCACCAAGGCCAUUCACCUUUGUGACUCCGUAUUUCACCCGUAUUCAGCCAUCUCAGGGGCCCAUUUCUGGUGGCACGCGGGUCACCAUUGAAGGAAGCAACCUCAACGCAGGCAGCUAUGUGUCCGUCAGCAUAGGACCACAGCCAUGCUACUUCAAAAAGAGGAAUGCGCGUGAGAUAGUGUGUGUCACACCAGCUGGAUUGGCACCAGGCAGCUCAUCAGUCUUGGUGGACAUUGACGAUGCUGAGCUCAGGAACCCUGAAGUCAAGUUUAACUACACUGAAGACCCCACUGUCCUGAGGAUUGAGCCUGACUGGAGCAUAGCCAGUGGUGGGACUCUGCUGACAGUAAGCGGGACCAACCUCGCAACCAUCCGAGAGCCAAAGAUCAGGGCCAAGUAUGGGCAAGCCGAAUCCUUUCAUAACUGUACAGUGUAUAACAACUCUAUCAUGGUGUGCCUGGCUCCAUCAGUGGCGGAUUCAGAGCUUGGUUUUUCAGAGACUGGCACUGGCCCGGAUGAGAUCGGGUUCUACAUGGACAACGUGAACGCUCUGGUUGUGGUCAACGAGACAUUCAGCUACUACCCUGACCCUGUGUUUGAACCUCUGAGUCCCUCUGGAAUACUGGAGCUCAAACCCACAUCGCCGCUUAUUCUUAAGGGUCGUAACUUGAUCCCAGCGGCUCCAGGCAACAGUCGCCUGAACUACACGGUGCUGAUUGGAGAAACUCCCUGCGUCCUCACCUUGUCUGAGAGCCAGCUGCUGUGUGAAUGGCCCAACCUCACCGGACAACACAAAGUCACGAUCCGUGCUGGGGGGUUCGAGUACUCCCCCGGAACGCUUCACAUCUACUCAGACAGCCUGCUGACGCUUCCCGCAAUCAUCGGCAUCGGAGGGGGUGGUGGUCUGCUUCUGUUGGUCAUCAUUGCUGUGCUGAUAGCCUACAAGAGGAAGUCGAGGGACGCUGACCGCACCCUGAAACGUCUUCAGCUCCAGAUGGACAACUUGGAGUCAAGAGUGGCCCUGGAGUGUAAAGAAGCUUUCGCUGAGCUUCAGACAGACAUCCAUGAACUGACUCAGGAGCUGGACGGGGCUGGGAUUCCCUUCUUGGACUAUCGGACUUAUGCAAUGAGGGUCUUGUUCCCUGGGAUUGAGGACCAUCCCGUGCUCAAGGAGAUGGAGGUCCAGGCAAAUGUUGAGAAGGCACUGACUCUGUUUGGCCAGCUACUGACAAAGAAGCACUUUCUACUGACGUUCAUUCGAACCCUGGAGGCACAGAGGUCAUUUUCAAUGCGGGACAGAGGCAAUGUAGCAUCUCUGAUCAUGACAGCCCUGCAGGGGGAGAUGGAGUACGCCACUGGAGUCCUGAAACAGCUGUUGUCCGACCUGAUAGACAGAAACCUGGAGAGCAAAAACCACCCCAAACUGCUGCUCCGAAGAACGGAGUCUGUCGCCGAGAAAAUGCUGACCAACUGGUUUACAUUUCUCCUGUAUAAGUUCCUCAAGGAGUGUGCUGGGGAGCCUCUGUUCAUGCUUUAUUGUGCCAUCAAGCAGCAGAUGGAGAAGGGACCCAUAGACGCUAUCACAGGAGAAGCCCGCUACUCCCUCAGUGAGGACAAGCUCAUCAGGCAACAGAUUGACUACAAAACACUGACAUUGCACUGUGUAAACCCAGAGAAUGAGAAUUCCCCUGAGGUGACGGUCAAGUGUCUGAACUGUGACACCAUCACUCAGGUCAAAGAGAAGCUGCUCGAUGCUGUGUAUAAGGGCAGCCCCUACUCACAAAGGUCAAAGGCUUCUGACAUGGACCUGGAAUGGCGUCAGGGCCGGAUGGCCAGAAUCAUUCUACAAGAUGAAGAUGUCACAACAAAGAUUGACAAUGACUGGAAAAGACUCAACACACUAGCUCACUAUCAGGUAACAGAUGGCUCAGUGAUCGCCCUGGUGCCAAAGCAGAACUCUGCCUAUAACAUCUCCAACUCCUCCACCUUCACCAAGAGCCUCAGUAGAUACGAGAGUAUGCUGAGGACGGCUAGUAGUCCAGACAGCCUACGAUCCCGAACACCGAUGAUCACCCCUGACCUGGAGAGUGGCACCAAGCUGUGGCAUCUGGUGAAGAACCAUGACCACUCAGAUCAGAGGGAGGGCGACAGAGGCAGCAAGAUGGUGUCUGAGAUCUACCUGACCAGGCUGCUAGCUACAAAAGGAACUUUACAGAAGUUUGUGGACGACCUGUUUGAGACCAUUUUCAGCACAGCUCACAGAGGUAGCGCACUGCCACUGGCCAUCAAGUACAUGUUUGAUUUCCUGGAUGAGCAGGCCGACAAACACUCCAUCACAGACUAUGACGUACGACAUACCUGGAAGAGCAACUGUCUUCCUCUGCGGUUCUGGGUAAAUGUGAUCAAGAACCCCCAGUUUGUAUUUGACAUCCAUAAGAACAGUAUCACAGACGCUUGUCUGUCUGUGGUGGCUCAGACCUUCAUGGACUCCUGUUCAACAUCAGAACACAAACUGGGAAAAGACUCACCUUCAAAUAAGCUUCUCUACGCUAAAGACAUCCCCAACUACAAGAACUGGGUGGAGAGGUAUUACUCUGAUAUCUCCCGUAUGCCAGCCAUAAGUGAUCAGGACAUGAGUGCCUACCUAGCAGAGCAGUCCCGCCUGCACCUCAGCCAGUUCAACAGCAUGUCUGCACUGCACGAGAUCUACUCCUACAUCAUCAAAUACAAAGACGAGAUCCUUUCAGCGUUACAGAAGGACGAGCAGUCGCGCAGACAGCGGCUACGCGGUAAGCUGGAGCAGGUCAUCGACACCAUGGCCCUGGCUAGCUGAGGACCGGCCAAUCACACGCCUCGGCUAGAGGAGAAGUGGCCAACCAACACGCCUUCCCUGACAACCUUUGAUGCCCAUGACAUUUUGACCCUCGACGUUUGAAGUCUGUCGUCAUCACCCUCACAAAACAACAACCAACAGCAGCAGAAAAGACUGCAAGGACACAGGCACCCAGCAGCAGCAGCACACUGGAGAGACAGCAGAGUCUGGAACUAAGGCCCCGCCGGCCGGGUUGGCUUUUUGUUUUUCUUUCUUUUUUCCUCUGAGCCACCAACCUUGCCAUGAACAACCAAAUCAAAUGUACCCUCAGCCUCAGCAGAUAGCUCAGGAGAGCGUUUAUUCUCAUCAAGGCCCUCAUCACAUUUAGAGUCUUACGGGAGAAGCAGUUGGGUACUUUGGCCACAAUCAUGAGCGGUACAUGUACAGUGGUGACCUAAAACACAUCUAGCUGGAUACAGAGGCAAAGGGAAGGUACAGGUCACCAGCUAGUAGCUUUCCACAGCCAAGGCUCCAGUUCAAACUGUGGGCCAAUAAAAAUCCAGGAUAUUUUAUCUCAAUACUUGAUCCCUUUCUCUUUUCUGUUGCUGUCCUCCACAGGGAGGUCAGAGGUCAGGGACAAAUACAGAGCAGCAGCCAUGGAGCUGGUAGAGAUUCAGUGUGUUGCUCAAAGACACUUCAGGGUGGAUGCUUGGCAACAUAUAGGCUGCUGCCACUGCAGGGCAACCAGGAGGAAGGACUUUGCAGGGAAACUCUUCCUCCAGUACUGACUCUCCAACUCUCUAUCAACAAGAACUCCACUGUAGUCUAACAAAGGACAUUUUCAGUUUCACAACUCUGCAUUUGAUUUGUUAUUGCAUUCAAUUCCGUUUUUCCCCCCAACUGCCUACUCUCCCCCAGUGCUGUGCCACUUGUGUUACUGCUGAAUUUGCACAACAAAGCUAAAUCAAAAGAGAGAAGAGGAUAUAUGAAUAUAUAUAUAUAGAUAUAUAAAUACAAACAUUUUGUUUUUAAAACAAAUGAAAAGUUGAAAAAAAAAGUUUUCCAUUUUAAUGUACAAAAGAUAAGUUUGAGAAGAGGAUUUGAUAUUUCCAAGAUGAAAAAUUAUGAAAACACAAGGAAAAAGUCGUCCUGUGCCAUGUUUUACUUUGAAUGUUGUUUAGUGCAAAGAGACUUCUUUUCGUUAGAUGAAAUGUGCUAUGAUGAAAAUGUUGUCAUGCUUACUGACUGAAAGUGAGAGUUUUAAAUAUAGGUAACUGGUAAAAAAUAUAUAAAUAUAUAUAUGAUUACAGACACUUUCUGUAUUUCAUGAGGUCUUGGGGCCGUUGUGUGUUACAUCUUUGGCUCUAAAAGUAGUAAAAAGACAAAUGAUGUCUGGAAGUCACCAGUGCACCAACUGACCUACAGUGUUCUUGUGUUUGUUUUGAAGAAACCAAAUACACUGAGGCCUGGUCAACUGACUUAAAUAAGACAAAAAAGUUGUUUCUGUGGAGGCCAGCCUCAUUGCUCUGUGGUAGCAGAAUACUACAGAGGCAUUAGGCAGUCAUUUAAGUUGAAUGCUGGCACACCGUGCUCUGCAACUUCUUGAUCUUGUUUUAUAGACUUCCCCUCUUGUCUGAAACAUUUUAUUAGGUGUGCCAUCCAAAAUGGAAGCUAGUUUUGGUGUGAAACAGAGGACAGUGAAACAGUAUUGUCUAAUUUUGGCUUGUUUUUUAGUCUGCAGUGAAUAUGGCAAAAGCUAAAGGUUCCAUUUUUGAAAUGUGAAUGUGGUUUAUGAAGAGCUAAUGAAAUGUAGCUUGAUUUAUGUGAGUGUUUUUUGUACCAGUUGAAGGCCUUUUUUUUCAUUCUGUGGUUUUAUAGGGGUAUAAAAAAGUUAAGUACAUGCUGCUCCGCGUUAGCUUGUAGAGCUUCGAAAAACAUGCAUUCAUAAACAAGACAUUCCUUUCUCCUAUGACUGCAAAAGGGUUACAAGAUUGAUAAAGGCUAGAAAAUACAGAAGAAAGAUUGAAAUAUGUUAAACAAACCAGGGUAAUAUAUACUGUAUGUUGUCAUCCAUCCUGUAAGAAGCAGACCAGACACAUCAAUGACCAGAUCAGAUCAAUGAAUUCAAGGAACAAAAAAAACUCUUCCACUUAUCCGUGUUUUAGUAACAUAGAAACAGGGUGAUGGAAAAAUGCAUCUUUUAGAACAAUACCACUUUAAAGGAAACAGUUACCAGUGCCUCAAAACCAUUUUCUUUUUCUUCCUCUUCAGCAGUGCUUCCCUCACAUUUUUUUCCAGUGGUAGAGUGGAAAGGUCUCUUUAACCAAUUGACACUAGAGUCCUCUGUCCAGUUCAAGUGGCAUAGAGCUUUGAAGUUGCAUCAACAACCUUGUAGACCAGCGCUGUUUGGGAAAGGUCUGGUAGAUUUAUUUAAAACUGGAUGUUACUAUAACCCUUUGAGUUAUCUUUUCAGCCGGCCAACACAUCUACACUAAAAUAGUUUUCUGUCUUGGUGAUGGAUCAUUGUGAUUGCAGUGAGAGCUGCUCUUCAGUACAGUCCAGAAGAGCAAAGGGAAACAAGCAAACUCUCCAUCCCAGUUGCAAUCCAUCUGCGACAAGACCUGCUCACAUGUAGUGUUCUCAUUCUCCAUUGUCUCAAACAAACCCUUAUUGAAAUAGAUGUAGUUUCAAAGCUCUCCAUCCAUCAAUUAUAUACACUAUACGCUAUGACAUUCACAUGGUAAAAAAUUUAGUUUUAAGUUUAAAAUGCUACCCAGUGAUUUAAACUUGUCAGUUUAAGUUGUGACAAAAUCUUAUUCAUUUGUUAGUGUCAAAACAAUUCUGUUGGUCUUCUGUUGAAAAUAGAAGACCAGCAGCCGCUAGUGUGUGAGCUCUUAAAAUGCACCAGAUGGACUACUAUCUUACAUAUCCCAAGUGAUAAUUGUUCCGUCACAGCUGUUUUACAAAAGAAAAUGAAAGUGUGAUAUUGCAUUUGGUGCAAGUGGGGAGUUCCAGUCACUUAUAUUUGUGAUAAAUUCAUACCCUUGACCCUUUGGAUUGUGUUUUUUGAGCAGCAAUCCCUCCUGUCUAAGCCACAUGCUUUAAAUAAGUUUUGAUAUGAGAUUGAAAUAACCAGAGUUAUCAUUUCAUGUGAGGCACUGGUAGGUACUAGCCACACCAUGUUAGAUGGGGUGAAUACCUUGCUGACAUGCUACUAUAGAGGUUGGUCAGAAUGGUUAUUGAAUUGAAUGACAUUUCCUAGCUAUACCCACAUAAAAAUGAACAGAUCCCUACAGUUGGAACACCAUGUUUGAAGUAUUAAAAAUUGAAUCAGUUCCCUGUCAUUGCCCAACAGUUAUAAGAAACUCAGAGUUGGUAAUAUACAAAUUGUUUUUGUGAAUUCUUUAGGCAACUCCACCUUUGUCCAUAUCCUUUUACGUUGCCAUGAUGGUAACUGUUUUUUUUUUUGUUUUUUUUUCAAAUAUAAUUACCAGACCUGUACCAACCCACAUGCCAUCAAACCUAACACAUAUUGUUGCUGUCAUGUGAAAACUCGAGUCCAAAAGAAGUACAUUUCCCCCGAUGGGUUAGGAUGUUUUAUGAAACCCUUUAAAAAUCCAGUGUACAUAUUACUGUGGUACUAAGAUGUUUCCAUCUGACAGCAUAAACGUGUUUGGACACAGUGAAUUGUAAUGUAUGUUCUUCCAUACUUGAACCACCGAUCUACACAGGGUAAAACAACAUACAGAGUGGCUGACCAAAGCUUUCUUCAUCCAUAUCAGGAGAGCAAAUCUAUGAAUUAAUUUUGAUCCAUCUGCUUCUCAGUUCUUCCACAAAAGGAUUUUAGCAAUCAGUUACAGUCAUUUAAAAAUCUCAUUCAAUGUGUUAAGUGUUUGUCUUUCUGCUUGAUGAAUGAUCUAAUUGAGACAAUGUUACUUCCAUGUACAGGCAUUCACACAUGUUUUAUUCAAUUUAAAUGAAUGACUGAAAUAGUCUGAGGAUGUGGACCACUGCAUUGAUGUUUGACUGCUAUUCACUAGCUCAAUUGUUCUUUUGUAAAGAUGAUUUUAGUGAUGCGGAAAGAGUAAUGAGAUUAGGUAAUAAGCCUCAUGGAUUACUUUGUAGGGUGUUAAAAAAAAAAAAAAAAAACUUCUGAAAGAUGGCGGGAUAAGGCCCCCUUGGUCUCUGGUGCUUUUGUUUCUUAGCUUUGCUUCUUGUUUUCUGCAUCACCACUUGUUGGGGUAAAAGAUAAAAAGACUUGGGCAAGGCAGAGGAAGUGCUUUGAAGGCCAUGGUACCGCUUCAUUUUCCAUUCUGUUGCAUCUGUGGCAGUUUUUCCACAUAGAAAAAGACAGUGAUGAAGGAGGGUGAAAGAGGUGGAGGGAGAGAUUCUCUCAGCGAUUGACCAACGUAGAACUGUUUCCCGUGCCUUGUCAGCCUCUACUCAUACUAAAAAUGAUGUACUUUUCCAUAUAUUUAAGAGCCUGAUUCAAGGAAGGUUUUAAAAAAUCUGUCAUGGAAAUAUAUUUAAAUGUACAUUUUAAAUGUUUGUUUAAGAAUAGUGCUGUAUUUUGUGAAAAAUUCUUGCUGUCUUUCUGAGAGUGAAAUGAGAAGACUGUUAUCCCUUUGUUAUGUAUGUGUUAGGUAUAGGGCUGGAGUAAGGAUAUGUUUACCCUUGCUUUGCUUAAAAUAUGUAAGACCUUGGCUGGCUCUGUAAUGAAAAAAGUAGGCCUACCAACACCCCUUAAGCUAAUAAGUAACAAAUUGUUUCUCAUUUAUUCAACUUUUAGUUGUAAAUGCAAAUGUAAAUUUUGGGAAAGUGACAUGUUUGAAUUACCUGUAUGCUUUUGCACAGUGACGGUAAAAUCUGAAUCAGAAUCCUUUAUCAAUUAAUUGUUAAAACAAAGUUCUAACACAACGCCCCUCAAAAUUGGAUAAUUUCCUUUGUUGUUAAUGUAAGGGUUAAACAUACAGUGUGUCAGCAAGUCAGCUUUGGAGUUGUUACUCUAUCCCAUUCUUAACUACACUGUGACUCCAGCUCUGACCUUAACACAGAGGCAUAACAUUGAUAUUGUUAUCAUGCCAAUCUUGAAAAGAAAGUGAAUUAGCACAUUUCUAAAAAAAAACAAACAAAAAAAAUAGAGAGAGAGAGAGAAAAGUGCUAAUUUAUCCAUUAAGUGUAAAGCAGGACCAAGGAGACAGUUGGCUUUGAAAAGUUUUGAAAAGACUGGAACUGGUGGUAACUGGCUAGCCUGGUUCUGUCUGAUGGAAAACAGCCCCCAUCUGCAUACAUUUCUAAAGCUAGCUAAUAAGAAUGACAUAUCUUGUUUAUUUAUAAUUUUAGCAGAGCCAGGUUAGCUGCUUCUAGUCUUUCUGCUAAGCUAAUAAGCUAACCAUAUCCUGGUUCUAGCUUCAUGUACAGAAGAGUGGUGUCAAUCUUCUCAUCUAACUCUUAGCAAGGAAGGUAAAAUAGGGCAGGUUGUCCGCAACAACCCACACCAUUUUAUUUCUUCAAAUCUAUUCAGAAAUGUACUUAUUUUUCAAUAUGGGCAGCACCCUCCAAUGUGACACCACCUCUGACCCAUUGAGAGACACCACAGCACAACCUUAAUACGUCACCCAUUCAUCUGCCAUUUUUGAUUUGAUCCCCCUCAACAGCAACACUCCCAGAUUUUUCUUCCCUCCAGUUCCAACUCUCCAGCUUCCUCACCUGCUGAGUUCACUUUGAUUAAAGUACAUUUCAGAGAAGGAGUAUAGGACGUAAAAUAUCUCCACACACAGAUUAAAGAGGAGAGAGGUAAAAAGAAAAAAAGUACCUUAAAGAGUUUUAAUACUUUAUGAAUUCUGAUACCUUUUUAAGAGUUUCAGACUUGAAGCUGCUGUGACAGGUUUAGGCUGUUUCACACCCGUGUAAAUAUCCUGCUCUUUCCUAUUUUGCAGAUUUAUUACGUGUAAAUAGACACGCAUCAAGGAGAGAUUAAACAUGUUUUUUUGCUAAA